CCAUGCUUUUAGGUCAGAGGGAGUUUACAGUGAUAGGGCGGAACUAACGUUUCAGGAACUGAGACAAGAGGAAAAUUAAGCUUCAAUUUAAUUACUGCAGAGUUUAGUCGUGUUGGUCGACCACUCCAAUCUCCCGACGACAUCAAGGGUGCGGUCGCAGUUUGUUUGGGGGUGUUUAGAGGGUGUUCCCUGAACUUCCUUCAUAUUUUCCCUGCUGUAUUUGUCACGGAGGGAGGCGGUAGAACCGAACGCACGGCAGCCAUCUUUGGAACCUGCCUGGCUUCUAGAUCCUGGGCCCCUGUUAGUUCAAGGGUGGAGACUUUAGACAGCAAUAUUGUUCAAAAAUAGAGCGAGGAAUUUGUUGACAACUUUGAAAACCCUCAGCGAUCGGUCCAAGAGCGGUAUUACACGGGACAAAAUACAGAUCCGGCACUCCUAUUCCAAAUCGGCUGAACCACACGACACACUACGCGUUAACCUGGCCUGUCGGAAGGGUACUGACACGUAUGAGGCGGCUGUCCUGCAGAUGAGCCAUCGGCGGGGGCUGUUGCGUCGCUGUCGCAGAUCCAGAUAGUCCCUGGCAGCGGCGACACUGCCCCCUCCCCCCGUCCUCAGCAUGCCCAACAGCAGCCGGGCUGGGAGCCUUAAGGACCCAGAGGUCUCCGACCUGUUCUUCAAGGAGGACCCUGAGAAGCUCUUCUCAGACCUGCGGGAGAUCGGGCAUGGAAGCUUCGGAGCCGUCUACUUUGCACAUGAUGUUCGGACAACUGAGGUGGUGGCCAUUAAGAAGAUGUCUUAUAGUGGAAAACAGUCCAAUGAGAAAUGGCAGGACAUAAUCAAGGAGGUGAAGUUUCUCCAGAGAAUACAGCACCCCAACAGCAUAGAGUACAAAGGAUGCUACCUGAGAGAGCACACAGCCUGGCUGGUCAUGGAGUACUGUCUGGGCUCUACCUCCGACGUACUGGAAGUUCACAAGAAACCUCUACAAGAAAUGGAAAUUGCGGCGAUUACCCACGGUGCUCUGGAGGGCUUAGCUUAUCUCCAUUCCCACAACAUGAUUCACCGAGAUAUUAAGGCUGGGAACAUCUUGCUGACGGAGCCUGGCCAGGUGAAGCUCGCAGAUUUUGGUUCUGCCUCCAUUGCCUCUCCAGCCAACUCCUUUGUUGGGACUCCAUAUUGGAUGGCCCCAGAGGUGAUAUUGGCCAUGGACGAGGGUCAGUACGAUGGGAAAGUGGACAUAUGGUCUCUGGGAAUAACCUGCAUUGAAUUAGCUGAAAGGAAACCACCACUCUUUAACAUGAAUGCGAUGAGUGCCUUGUACCACAUAGCACAGAAUGAGAGCCCGACCCUGGAGUCAAGUGAAUGGACGGAUUACUUCCGAAAUUUUGUUGACUCUUGCCUUCAGAAAUUCCCCCAAGACAGACCCAACUCUGAGGAGCUGUUAAAGCAUGCAUUUGUACAGCGCGAGCGUCCCGAUUCGGUUCUGAUGGACCUCAUCUUGCGGACCAAGGACGCCGUGCGGGAGCUGGACAACCUGCAGUACCGCAAGAUGAAGAAGAUCCUGUUCCACGAGGCCCACAACGGACCUGCAGCAGAGGCACAGGACGAGGAGGAGGAGCCAGAGAACAGCGUGGGCAGGACGGGCACGGUGAACAGCGUGGGCAGUAACCAGUCCAUCCCCAGCAUGUCCAUCAGCGCCAGCUCCCAGAGCAGCUCCGUCAACAGCCUGACGGACGCAGGCGACGACAAGAGCGAGCUGGACAUGAUGGAGGGAGACCACACUGUCAUGUCCAACAGCUCCGUCAUCCACCUCAAACCGGUAGGCGCUCCCCCCCCCCCCCCCCCCCACCUGUGUCUCGCGGGGUCGGAGUGGGACAUUUGUGACGUGACAAACGGGGGGGGAUAUUGUGAUCGAUUGUCGCUGAGAAGCCCGUUCUCUGUGUUGUGUUCACCCCAGGAGGAAGAGACUUACACUGAGGAGUCUCAGGCUCACAGCCGGCCUACCGAGCCCAUGUCUCCACCUGUCCACACUCCACGGCCUAAACAUCACCGCAACCGCGAGCACUUUGCCACCAUACGCACAGCCUCCCUGGUCACCCGUCAGAUGAAGGAGCACGAGCAGGACUCUGAGCUGCGGGAGCAGAUGUCUGGGUACAAGCGCAUGAGGCGGCAGCACCAGAAGCAGCUGAUGGCCCAGGAGAACAAGCUGAAGUCGGAGAUGGACGAGCACCGGCUGAGGCUGGACAAGGAGCUGGAGAACCAGAGGAACAGCUUCGCCCAGGAGAUGGAGAAGCUCAUUAAGAAACACCAGGGAGCCAUGGAGAAAGAUGCAAAGACGUUCUCCAAUGAUGAGAAGAAGUUCCAGCAGCACAUCCAGAGCCAGCAGAAGAAGGAGCUCAGCAGCUUCCUGGAGUCUCAGAAACGAGAGUACAAACUCCGCAAGGAGCAGCUCAAAGAGGAGUUAAACGAGAACCAGUCGACCCCCAAGAAGGAGAAGCAGGAGUGGCUGUCCAAGCAGAAGGAGAACUUCCAGCACUUUCAGGCGGAAGAGGAGGCUAACCUUCUGCGCAGACAGAGGCAGUACCUGGAGCUGGAGUGUCGCAGGUUCAAGAGGAGGAUUCUGGUCGCUCGCCACAACGUUGAGCAGGACCUGGUGCGCGAGGAGCUGAACAAGCGUCAGACCCAGAAGGACCUGGAGCACGCCAUGCUGCUGCGCCACCACGAGUCCAUGCAGGAGCUGGAGUUCCGCCAGGUCAACACCAUCCAGAAGAUGAGGGCGGAUCUGAUCCGCACGCAGCACCUGACGGAGCUGACCAACCAGCAGGAGUACAACAAGAGGAGGGAGCGCGAGCUGAGGCGCAAGCACGUCAUGGAGGUCCGCCAGCAGCCCAAGAGCCUCAAGUCCAAAGAGCUCCAGAUCAAGAAGCAGUUCCAGGACACGUGUAAGAUCCAGACCAGGCAGUACAAGGCCCUGAGGAACCACCUGCUGGAGAGCACGCCAAAGUCGGACCACAAGGCCGUCCUGAAGCGCCUGAAAGACGAGCAGACCCGCAAACUGGCCAUCCUGGCCGAGCAGUACGACCACACCAUCAACGAGAUGCUCUCCACUCAGGCGUUGAGGCUGGACGAGGCUCAGGAGGCCCAGUGCCAGGUGCUGAGGAUGCAGCUGCAGCAGGAGCUGGAGCUGCUGAACGCCUACCAGAGCAAGAUCAAGAUGCAGACGGACGCCCAGCACGAGCGCGAGAGGAAGGACCUGGAGCAGAGGGUAUCGCUCCGCCGGGCCCUGCUGGAACAGAAGAUCGAGGAGGAAAUGCUGUCCCUGCAGAACGAGCGACAGGAGAGGAUCCGCAGCCUGCUGGAGCGCCAGGCCCGAGAGAUCGAGGCCUUCGACUCGGAGAGCAUGCGCCUAGGCUUCAGCAACAUGGUGCUAUCCAACCUCUCCCCUGAAGCCUUCAGCCAUAGCUUCCCCGGGGCCCCCGGCAACUGGUCCCAACCCCAGACGCCCCACCAAUCAGGGGGCUCCCAGGGUUAUCACUGGGGAAGUGGGGGUGCAGGGGGAAGCCACCAAGGCAGCCAUCACCACUACCACUCCAGUCAGGGAGGGUCCCCCAUGCAACAGUCGUGGGGCCAAGGCAUGCAGGCAGGUGGGGCCCCCCAGCCAUGGGGCCACCCCUCAGCCGGUCCCCUGAGCUCCAGGGCUGGCGGAGGUCUGCAGAACAGCCCCCAGGCCCUGGGGAGGACAGGCUCCGGGGGCCGCGGCGAGCAGGCCAUGAGCAGGAGCACCAGUGUCACCUCUCAGAUCUCCAACGGGUCCCACCUGUCUUACACAUAGGCUAGCCCCACAAGCCCUGGAGGACCACUGGAGGCGGGGGACCAUGGACUCCACGGAAAGAGCAGUGAGGGAUCGAGCCCCGGGCACAGUUUUGACUAUCCACCCCUCUCCCAACCCUUCACCUCCCCUCUUAACUGUCCCAUUUUGCAGGUGUGUGGGUGUGUAUGGGAAUAAAUGUUGCUCAGGUCAAAAGGGCUGAAAGAGGCAAGCUUCCUCUACACAGCAGAUAUUGGCACACAACCAGUUCAGUCCACUUGUCUAUGUUAAACCCUUCAAGUGUCAACACUUCAUAUUCCCAUUUUAAUUUACAGCUCACACUCACUGAUAUUUUUUCCUCUUGUGCAUGUACAUAAUAUUAUGUGCUCUUCACAGCCACUGCUCUCUGUUUGCACAAAGACUGCUGUUAAAAAAGCCUUUCGGCAAGGCACCACGUUUACUUACAGAAAAAAAAAAUUUGGUGUGAAGCAGUCACGGCAAGAUGAGGUUGUUCAGGAAAUCCCAAAACAUACAAAAUACCAGUGAACUUCAAAUGCUCUGCUUUGUUGGCAAAAUACUGUCCUCCUGUGCCAGUCUGCUGUUACAGUCGUUUUAGUUAGAUCCAUUCCCAAAUUAGAAGAAUGUGCCUGUUUUCUGCACCGUCUAUGUAAACAUUCAGAUUUGAUGCUACUUGCACAGUAGAUUGACUACCCAAGUUGCUAGGAGCCAGGUCUGUUACAGGAGUUCCACGUCGUCUUGAGGUUGGGAAACAUAAGCUAGUAAGAUCGCAUGUUUGACUUUAUAUUUAUUUGAAUAUAGCCAACCCUACUUAGUGCCAGUCAGUUGUUACAGAGAGUGGAUAAUGUUUAUUUACUUUUAGGAAAGAAAUUCUGUUGAGUUGCAAAGUUUUUUUUAAAGCUGUUUUUUUUUUUUUUUUUUUUUUUAGUUCACCUUUUUGAGAAGAUCAAAAGAGUGUUCUUCUACAGCAUUAUGUAUAUUUCCUAGUUUUGAUGGUGUUAGUGAAUACAUUGCAAUAGCAGUAUGGAUAUUUUUUGUUUUAUUGUCCACGGGUGAAAGACGUCCACACAGCUUCACCACAUCAGCCAAAAUCGCCAGAACAGUCCAGUCUAUGUAACAAAUAAUAAUAUGGUGCCUUUUUAACUGCUGGCACUGAUGUGUCAGUUUCACUUGAGAACAUGCACAAAAUCUAAUGUUUUAGCCCCUUUAUUUGCAUUGAUGGAAAUUGUCUUGAUUUUCCAUAGUUUCCAAUACAGCUUAGCACACACAGAGAGAGAGAGAGAGAGCGAGAGCGAGAGCGAGAGAGAGAGAGAGAGAGCGAGAGAGAGCGAGAGAGAGCGAGAGAGAGCGAGAGAGAGCGAGAGAGAGCGAGAGAGAGCGAGAGAGAGCGAGAGAGAGCGAGAGAGAGAGAGAGAGAGAGAGAGAGAGACUAACAUCCCUUCAUCCUGAAGUUCUGUUUGUAGAGUGUUCAUGUUGUGUGAGAGCAGAAUUGUCAUACUAAAACUGAUGAUUGUAUAUCCUUAUCGGUUAUCGUAUUGACAGAUGAGCAACACGGGAUAGUUUGAUUGAUACAGGAUUUUUCUAAGUGGUUGUUCUUGAGGGCUGGUUUUGGGAGCCCCUGCGGUGAGUUGAAGAACAUGAAUGUGUGAGCUGUUUCCACCUUGUGGAAGGUUCCGUAUUAUUCUGGGUUUUAUGGUUUUGUAAUACAACAUUUUAAUGCCUUUUAUGUGGGACCAUGGUAUCGGUCUCUUUAUUUUAUUUCAGUGCCUUUUUUUUUUUAAACUGCUGCCUUGUCAAAGCACUUUAUACAGCCAAAAAUGUAUACAGUAAAAUGGAUGUUAUUUCUAAUGAUGGGCACGGCCCCCUGCGGUGUGUUGGCACUUCAGGUCCAGAUGCAGAAACAGUGAGUUAUUUAGAAGUGAAGAGGGCAUCUAUGACUGGAGGUGGUACAUGUUGGUGUGGUUGAGGGCAUCUUUUGCACCACCACGUUUGAGAUUUAGUGCCAGUAAAACGGAGAUACUGUAGAAUACUUUUAAACAGAUCUUGAGUGAAUGUAUUACAGUUUGACUGAGGGGACAAUUUUUACCUCAACAGCAGUCUUGGGCAUAAUAUGGAGGACAGGCAUUCUUGUGAACUGAAAUAUGUGAUGGAAUGAUCCAAAACUAAGCAACACUCAUUGACCAACUUCAUCACUAUCUGAGACCUGUAGUGAACCAAGCACAUAUACUGUAUACUAAGGACUGCUGUGUAGCAUGUAAAUACAACUCUACAAAUAUGUUGACAUUGGCAAGCAGUUUUAAAAAUGGAUUAAGGUGGCAAAGCACUUAAUAAUUUACUUUGACACUCAAUUAUUUUCCCAGCACAGAUCCCACAGCUUCCCAGUUUUUCAUGAUUAACUUCUUUCUAACCUACUUUCCUGUCAGCCUGCUUUCCCUAAACUAAGAUUGCUUUUAGGGAGUGACUAUCUCCAUAUGGAAGUUAGAAACACUUCAAACACAUAUAUACAAAAGAUCUAGAGAUGAUUAGGAAAUAUAUCCUAUGAAUCAUUGAAGCGAAGCAAAAUGUUAAUAUUGUGUAUAUUUACGAUGUAAAAGAGAUUAAACCUUUAAAACUAAACUUGCAUUUUGGAAAUAAGGAAACAUGAUCAUCUCUAAGACUAACAUUAUUUAACUGAUGGACUAUGCAGAUAUUAGAGAAUUGAAAAGAAUGUCGAAGACAUUGAUGUUGGGGUCUUUGAAAGUAGCUGAUGAACCUGUGCUUGGUUGUACACUGAUUCUAACUGCUCCCUUUGCCCUGCAUGCUCUUGCUUUCAUCUAGCUUUCCUGUUUCUAUUAUUCAUUGUCCCCUUUGAAACCAACUAUUGCAGUCAAGUGCCCCACCCCACAGAUUGGUAUGCCUUCUGAUGUUCACAAUUGUUCAAUGUGAUGCUGUCACUGUGCAACAAAUAAUAACUUCUGUGCACAAAAGUACUUGAAAGAUUUACUUUUCAAGCAGCAUGGUUGUUUUUGUUUUUUAACUAUGUCCUCUGCCCUCCUCCAAAAUCAAUUAUGAUCUUAUGUUACAUAGGCUGUCCCAAUACCCUCCUGACAUUUUCCUUUUUAAUUUCUAUUUUAGAGGUGACAACAAAACCAUUAGGCAGCUAAUACAUUGCUGGUUAAAUCUGCAAAGUUGUCACUGAUCAGUGGUUUGGAAAGAAGAUGGAAAGGUAUGGAUUAUUUUGACAAUGUAACUUUGCUUAACAUUAAAUGCCAAUGGUUCGAAUGUCAAGUCAGUCAAGCCUCACCUCAAACAGAAAUGGACUAUUGCCAACCUGAAGUUAUCACACCUUAGAUUCUGUGUUUUAAAUCAUUAUUGUGAGAUGGAGACUACUUUAGAUAUUUUUAUUCAUAAUUGUUUUAAUCUUUUAUAAGGCUUCUUCAACAAACCUGAAUAUUUUUUUCCAUUAUAUUUUAAAUAUAAUUGUAACAUUGCCGUCAACUUUUGUCCUACUGACUGAACGUAUGGAAUACUGAAUGAGAAAUGGUCUUAAGAAUAUUGAGGUCCUCCCUCUGGUCAAACACUGUGCCAUGACAGCUGCCAAGCCCAGCCAUCACUGCAUCAUCCUAGUCACCUGUUAUUUGGGCUGAUGGCAUAAAAUGAUCAAAAUUUAAGCAUGCAAGCCAACUGGCUUUGGUCAUAUAGGCAAUGUGAAAGCUGGAGAAUAAUAAAUGGUGAAAGGCAAAAUUUUGAAGAAAAACAAAGAGGGUGUGUUUCUAUGAGGAUGUCAGUAUUCUUCCUUGGCUCAGCGUUACCACUACAACUCAUAUAACCUGUAUUAAAAUGUAUAGAUUGUGAAACCUGUUAUUGAAUGUCUGAAAGAUUAUGAAGAUUAUACAUACAAGUUGGAAAAAAAUACAAAGUGGAUUUAAAUUGUGUAAAAAAGAUUCAUAAACAGAAGAAUAAAAACUAGGAUCAAAUGUACUAUUUUGUUUGUAUUAUAAUUACCAUUGUGUUGGCGGAGGGAUAUUGAACAGAAAUCAACUGUAAUAAAGUAAUUUUAGUAUA